AUGGGGUCCCAACCAUUGCAAGAAGCACCUUCACGCUUUGACCAGAUACUGGCCCCUGUUCUCGCAAGGCUUUCUGAGCGGCCUCUGCCAUGCCUGGGCUUGAUGGAAGAUGUGUUGAAGCUCCUCUUGGUAUUGCUGGAAGGCGGGGAUCCCGCAGUGCUCCCGACAAGCAAGCUGCAGCGCGUGUUUCCUCUAGUCUGUGAACGCCUCAUGGGACUGCUAGAAGAACUGCGAGGCAAAACCUCCACAAGGUCAGGCGCCCAAGCUGAGGAGAUGACCCUGCAAAUCCUGCAGUCAGCUCAAGUCCUCAUCGUCAGGUACGUUCCGAGCACAGAGAGUGAGGUGACACGCAUGCAAUUUGGAUAUUUGGCGCACCUGGCGAUUCAGCUGCUCAACUCCGGAACUACAUCGAAGAGCGCGCCGCGUGACCAGUCAAUCGCCAGCAUUUUGGUUCUGAAAGCCAUGGCAGAGAUCCAAGCUGCAGCAAAUGUACUGGCCACUUUCUAUCCUGGCGUGUGCACUGCGCUGGUGAAGCUUCUGUUGCAGGCAGGCAAGGAGUUCAAAGUGGCCUUCAAGAUUGUGGUCGUCAGCUGUGGAUGCUUGGGAGCUUGGAUGCGAGCGGUAUUGGGUAACGACGUGAACGCGGAUCUGCUCGGUGAGGUGAAGAUUCGCCCGCCUCUGACUCUGGAGGAAUUGUUUCUCCAGCACAACAAUCCCCAAAAAGGUCCCGACAUGACAGUCGCUUCCGGAACAAAACAGGCUGCGGGUCAGAGCCCUGGCUCGCGUGGAGUCCUGCCUGCGCUACACCGAGACUCUGCUUGGCUGCGUGAGACGGGACGUCAAAGUUCGGACGCACUUGUGGCAGUUCUGCGUCAAGCAGAGACUGCCGCAGAAACCCUUUGGGCAGAAAAGGCAUCGGUGCGGCAGGCCUUUCUCGAUCUGUGCAUCAGCGUCCUCAGGCACUGUGAUCGGAGUGUUACUGGCGAGGCUGUUGAAGCUUGCUUUGAAGUUGUGCUGGCUGGCCUAUCAGAUGAAUCGCCGGAUGCGAAGCGUGCAGCUACCACGUUCAUGUGCGACCUGCUGGCUGAUAAGUAUAUGGGUGAGCAGUCUGCAAACAUGCGAGGUCGCAUACUAGAGUGGUUGGUGAAGCUUACCAAAGAUCUCCAAGCGACGUCUUCCAAAGUUGAAGGAGCAAGACACGUACCAAAGCCGCUGGCCAGAUUGGAAGGUCUCCUGGCUUUUAUUGAGAGCCUGCCACGAAGCCACAGCGAGCAGCUUUCUUGGCAGACCAUUCCGCCGACGAGCGUUGGUCAGCUGUUGGAGCCAGUGCUGCAGUCUUCACAGCUUGAAGCCUCUGGCUUGCAGAAUCUGCUUAGCGACGAGAGGAGCCUCACUUCUGUCCCUGGCAGUUCUGUAAGCCAUGCAGAGAGCUUGGUGAAGCUCUUUCCAUACGAGCUAGAGGACACAUACCAAAGCGGCGAGGAAGCUGGGGCUGACAUUGCCGCAUCCUGCAGACACCCUGAGGAAAGUAAUCAAGUACAAUCCUGGCUCUUAAGAUCCUUGAAGCUGACGGGUGGCGACAUCAGUCUGGCACGUCAUCUUCAAAGAGUUCUUGGAAGAUUAGGAAGCGCUGCUGGCUUCGAAGCCAUGAUGACCGCAAUCUUCGAAGAUGAGCAAUGCGCCUGGCAACAGCAGAUUAGUGUGGAAGAACCAUUUCCCUUAUCUCCGCCGGACCCAAGCGAAUCGGUGCGCCUUGGUGGCGUCUCCCUUCAAAGGCGCAGUGCGGCCAUGUUCGCACUGGCUGCGUUUCUUGAGCAAGGCGGAACGGAUGCUGAGAUGCACUUCCCAGCGCUUCCACCGUGGCUGCAUGUGCUUUCAGCACAUGCCUUGAUGGCCUCUGCGCUGCGAAGCCUUGCCAAGUGCGGGCAGUCCAUUCACGUACAGGUGAGAAGAAUCCUGAAAGCACUCCUAGAAGACUUGGGCAGCCACUCCUUCGUGAUCUCCCUGGCUGGCCACAGUACGUUGAGUCUGCUGCAUGAUCUGUUGGUGGAGGUCAGCUCGCUCUUGGCUAGCUACGCAGAUUACUUGGCCGGGGACGUCUGCUUCCAGCUACGAUUUGGCUCAGUGGGUUUGGAUGACCGCGGCAUCCAUCCAUCCCUGCCGCCAUUGCUGGGUGCUGUUGUCCAGCACGCUAGUUUGGAUAUGACGCCAUUCCUCGUUGAUGUGGUGCAUGCUCUGCUCACGACGGAGACCAGACUUGAUGAGAGGCCACUUUGGGUUCUUCGAGUUCUGGCUUCCACUGUCCAACGGCUGGCGCUCGUGAUCUCUACCAGGCGGGUGGAGGCCGCCGGGCCUGGGACACCCAUCGGCCCGAGUCCACAAACAGAGGAGCAACUGGAUGUUCAGCCCCUGCGAGCCGUCACAGCAGUCGCCGCAUUCUUCUCGGGAGGCAUGCUUUCUUGGAAAUUGCCACGGCGCCGUGAUGGAUUUUUGCUGAAUGAUCUCGGAUUGCGUCUGGAUGAAGAUGCAGAAGACUCCGAAGAAGCGGAGCCCUCCUUCAGUUCUGGGGUGCCAAUGGCAGCACUGGCUGACAGCUGCGUGCUUCUUAAGCAUAUGGCGCGACUUUCCGGGGACUUCAUCCAACGUCGAUUCCUCAGCGAGUGCUGGCCUGGCAUCUGGGAUCGUCUGAGGGCCACGCUUGCGGUUCAGAAUUCACCGAAAUGGUCCCCUGAGCUGAAGAUGCAGUGGGCUGCGCUGGACGCUAUUGUCUUUCUUUCUGGAGACUCAUCUUUGGUAAGAGGUAUUUCGCAGGAGCUCAUCGCCUUGGCCCUCAAAUUCCUUGGGCCGAAUGCCGCGAAGACGUUGCGCGAAUUGGCGUGGACCUUGCUGGAGCAGAUGGUGAAGGUUGACCCCGACUUGUUCUGGAUGUACGUGCCUGGGUUCUCCUUAAACUUUCUGGGUUCUAGAUUGUCAUUGCUGCUAUGCAGAAGUUCUGAAAGGCCUGAAGCGUAG